CUAUAAAGAGGGGUUCCCAGCUCAGGAUCAGCACAGGGCAUAGAAGGGUUCUGAAGCUUCUGGGUGCUGCAGUCCAAGCUCCGGGUGAAUCUCUCCUCUGCCAAGACCAUGAAGCUCUGCAUGACUGUCCUGUCCCUCCUUGUGCUCAUGGCUGCCUUCUGUUCUCCGGCGCUCUCAGCACCAAUGGGCUCAGACCCUCCCACGGCCUGCUGCUUCUCUUACACUCUGCGGAAGAUUCCUCGCAACUUUGUGAUUGACUACUUCGAGACCAGCAGCCUCUGCUCCCAGCCAGCUGUGGUAUUCCAGACCAAAAAGGGCAGGCAGGUCUGCGCCAACCCCAGUGAGCCCUGGGUCCAGGAGUACAUGGAUGACCUUGAAUUGAACUGAGCUGCUCCGAGCUCCGGGGCAGGUGUUCUGCAGGAGAGAUCACCUGAACCCAACGCUUCUCAGCGAGAUGCACCCUCUCCAUGCUCACGACUCCCCUCAGCACACCCUGUUCCUUCUCUUAACUUAAUUUUUUUAUUCUGUACUGUGCUAUUACUAUAUUUGGUAUUGUUCCCCGUUAUUUAUGUUUGUUUUAUCAGAGGACACAUGUCCCCCAUGGGGAUGGUCUGCCAUCACUGUUCCUCUGCUACUGUGAAUACAUGGAUAAUGCAACUGAUUUCAAGUGUUUUUGUAAUAAAACUUUUUUUUAAAACAUA